AUGAAACAGGACCGGGAAGGAAAAACAUGGCGCCAAACCCACCUCAUGCUCCCGCCAGAAGAGAAGCGAAACUAAAUCCAUUUUCCUCUCAUGGCGGCGUCGGCGCCGACGGGCUGCUUCAAGUGCGGCCGGCCGGGCCACUGGUCCCGCGACUGUCCCUCCGCCCCGCCGUCCUCCUCAACUAACCCCAACCCCACCACCGCCGGCUCCUCCCGCUUCGCUUCGUUCCAGCCGAGGCAGAACCCUAAGCCCGCGGCGGCGGCGGCGGCGGAAGGGGAUGCGGCGGCGCAAGAAGGAGGUAAGAAGAAGAGGAAGGAGAGGGCGACGCGGCCCAAGCUCACGCCGGACCUGCUCCUCUCCGACACCGGUCUGGGAUUCGUCCUCCGCUAUUUUCCCAAGGCGUUCAAACCCCGCGCCGGGCCCGGCCACGAGGUGGAGGACCUUGGCAAUCUGAUCAAGCUUUACACGGACUGGCACUCUCGCUUGAUCCCUUAUUACUCUUUCGAGCAGUUUGUGCGCAAAGUUGAGAAAGUUGGGGCCAGUAAUCGUGUUAGGAGAUGCAUUUCUGAACUGAAGGAUAGAGUUGCCAGAGGCGGGGAUCCUACACAACUGCAUGAACCGCCAGUGGAAGAAGUCAUGCCAGAGGGAGAACCUGAUGGAGCCACACAGGAAGACUCAAUCCUAGGGACUGAACCUCCAACCACGGACAGUCAUGUAAUGGAGUCAGUACAAGAAGAUAUAGAUCCACCACCAGUGGAAAGUAACGUGGAUGCAAUGCAAGAGGAUUUGCUGAAUGAGAUCUAUGAAAACACAGUGCAUGAAUCUGGAGUCAAACCUGGUGAGGGAGGCGCUGUAGAACCCUUGGCUCCAAGAGAGGCAGAGAAGUGUCAAGAUGGAGGGGAGAGUGGCGGAAGCAAGCCAAGCCAAAAAGUUGAGCUGACAGAGGAGCAGAGGGCGCACAUGGAGGCUAACCGGCUCAAAGCGUUGGAAAGAGCGGCAGCAGCUCGGGCUCGCGGAUCCCAGUGGCAACCUACUCAAACUGCCACCUAGGCACGUGCAAGAUCCUGAGUCACUCUGCAUUGUUGAUUGUGGAAAUUGAGGUAUAAAGGGCAGAGAACAUUUCUCUCUGCUGAUUUUUGUGCUAGAAGAGUUGGUGAAAGCUGCUUUAUUUCGAUGUUCGUGGUGGACUAGCUAGACAAGAGUUAUGUCCAAAUUUCUGGGUUUUUUAUGGGUUCCGGUGUAUUAAGUCCCUUGUGUGGCUCUUGACUGCAGCCUUUGAACAUGGAAAAGAAGGUUGUAUGUGCAUUUCUGGAAUUUGUGUGCAUAUUGAUAUGAGACCUGAAUACCUGAUGCUCUCAAGUCCCAACUCAAAUUUGAGUACAUUGAUAUGCAACCUGUUUCUCUGAAA